UUGGGCUUCACUCUUCGGUUGCUCCACAAUGGCCAGCAUCUCGGGACUGGAAUGAAGAAAUAAAAAACCUCCAGAAUUUGGGAUAACUGUCGCGAAUGAGAAUAAAACGUCAGCAAUUUGAAAUGGUAAACCUGAGAGGAUACAACUGGAAGAGCCAACAAUUACUCCUGUUCCUGAUAAUUGUGGCAGCCUGGGAGGCAGGGAGCGGCCAGCUCCACUACUCCGUCCCAGAGGAAGCCAAACACGGCACCUUCGUGGGCCGCAUCGCGCAGGACCUGGGGCUGGAGCUGACGGAGCUGGUGCCCCGCCUGUUCAGGGUGGCGUCCAAGGACCGCGGGGACCUUCUGGAGGUAAAUCUUCAGAAUGGCAUUUUGUUUGUGAAUUCUCGCAUCGACCGGGAGGAACUGUGCGGGCGGAGCGCGGAGUGUAGCAUCCACCUGGAGGUGAUCGUGGACAGGCCGCUGCAGGUUUUCCACGUGGAGGUGGAGGUGAAGGACAUUAAUGACAACCCUCCCAUGUUUCCAGCGACACAAAAGGCUCUGUUUAUCCUGGAGUCCAGACUGCUUGACUCGCGGUUUCCACUAGAGGGCGCGUCAGAUGCAGAUGUCGGUUCCAAUGCUCUGCUGACUUACAGACUGAGCACCAAUGAACAUUUCUCUCUGGAUGUACCGCCCAACCACGAGCAGGUGAAACCUCUUGGGCUGGUUUUGCGGAAACCUUUAGACAGAGAAGAAGCUGCAGAGAUUCGCUUAUUGCUCACGGCCACCGACGGAGGCAAACCGGAGCUGACAGGCACCGUUCAAUUACUCAUCACCGUGCUGGAUGUCAAUGACAAUGCUCCAGUUUUUGACAGAUCUCUGUAUACUGUGAAAUUGCCAGAAAACGUUCCAAAUGGAACAUUGGUAAUCAAAGUCAAUGCCUCAGAUUUGGACGAAGGCGUGAAUGGGGACGUUAUGUACUCAUUUUCUAGUGAUGUUUCUUCAGAUAUAAAAUCCAAGUUCCACAUGGACACUGUGAGUGGAGAGAUUACAGUUAUAGGAAUUAUUGAUUUCGAAGAGAGUAAAGCUUACAAGAUUCCAUUGGAGGCACGUGAUAAAGGGUUCCCACAACUGCCUGGACACUGUACCAUUCUUGUGGAAGUUGUAGAUGCUAAUGACAACGCUCCACAGUUGACGGUUAGUUCCUUGUCUCUCCCAGUAUCCGAGGACAGUCAACCUGGAAGAGUCGUCACUUUAAUUAGCGUAUUUGACCGUGAUUCCGGUGCCAAUGGGCAGGUGACCUGCUCCCUGACUCCUCAUAUCCCCUUCAAGCUGGUGUCCACAUUCAAAAAUUACUAUUCGCUCGUGCUGGACAGUGCUCUGGACCGAGAGACCAUCGCUAACUAUGAUGUGAUUGUGACCGCUCGCGAUGGCGGUUCGCCCUCCCUGUGGGCCACGGCCAGCGUGUCCGUGGAGGUGGCUGAUGUGAACGACAAUGCUCCACUGUUUGCGCAGCCUGAAUACACGGUGUUCGUGAAGGAGAACAACCCGCCUGGUGCGCACAUCUUUACAGUGUCAGCGAUGGAUGCUGAUGCGCAGGAGAAUGCGCUGGUGUCCUACUCGCUGGUGGAACGGAGGGUGGGCGAGCGCUUGCUGUCGAGCUAUGUGUCUGUGCACGCGGAGAGCGGCAAGGUGUUCGCUCUGCAGCCUCUGGACCAUGAGGAGCUGGAACUGCUGCAGUUCCAGGUGAGCGCGCGGGAUGCUGGUGUGCCUGCCCUGGGCAGCAAUGUGACUCUGCAGGUGUUUGUACUGGACGAGAACGACAAUGCACCUACCCUGCUGGGGCCUUUGGCUAACGGGGUUGGUGGCACAAUGAAUGAGGUAGUAUCAAGAGCUUUGGUGCCUGGUCAGGUUGUGGCGAAAGUCCGGGCCGUAGAUGAGGACUCUGGAUACAAUGCGUGGUUGUCUUUUGAGCUGCAGCCAGUUGCGGGUGGAGUUCGUAGUCCCUUCCGUGUAGGCCUGUACACAGGAGAAAUCAGCACGACACGUGCUCUGGAGGAGACAGAUGCCUUGCGGCAGUGCUUGUUAGUGUUGGUGAAAGAUCACGGAGAACCUUCUCUGACCGCCACAGCCACGGUGUUGCUUUCUCUGGUAGACAGCGGCCAAACACAGAAGGUCUCAUCUAAGGUGUCAGCUGGAGCCUCCAGAGUGGAUCAGAGGCUGGUGGAUGUCAACGUGUACCUGAUCAUCGCCAUCUGCGCGGUGUCCAGCCUGUUGGUGCUCACGCUACUGCUGUACACAGCGCUGCGCUGUUCGGCGACGCCCACCGAUGGAGCCUGUGCUCCAGGGAAGCCCAUGCUGGUGUGCUCCAGCGCGGUGGGGAGCUGGUCAUACUCGCAGCAGAGGCGACAGAGAGUGUGCUCUGGAGAAGGCCCACCCAAGACCGACCUCAUGGCCUUCAGCCCCAGCCUACCUCAGGGUCCCAGCUCUACAGAUAACCAAGCCCCGCCCAACACUGACUGGCGUUUCUCUCAAGCCCAGAGACCCGGCACGAGCGGAUCCCAAAAUGGUGAUGAAACUGGCACCUGGCCCAACAACCAGUUUGAUACAGAGAUGCUGCAAGCCAUGAUCUUGGCCUCUGCCAGCGAAGCUGCUGAUGGGAGCUCUACCCUGGGAGGGGGCGCUGGCACCAUGGGUCUGAGCGCUCGAUACGGACCCCAGUUUACCCUGCAGCACGUGCCUGACUACCGCCAGAACGUGUACAUCCCUGGCAGCAAUGCCACGCUGACCAAUGCCGCUGGCAAACGAGAUGGCAAGGCUCCAGCAGGUGGUAAUGGCAACAAGAAGAAAUCGGGCAAGAAAGAGAAGAAGUAAUAUGGAGGCCAGGCCUUGAACCACAAGGCAGCCUCCCUCCCCAGCCAGUCCAGCUCGUCCUUACUUGUACCCAGGCCUCAGAAUUUCAGGGCUCACCCCAGGAUACUGGUAGGAGCCAGGGCCAUGCUCCCCGUUGGGAAACAGAAACACGUGCCCAAGCCAACACCCCCUCUCUAUACCCUAGGGAGUUGAAUAUGCAAAGAGAGUUCUGCUGGGACCCCCCUAUUCAAUCAGUGAUUGUACCCACAUGGGUAGCAGGGUUUGUGUGUGUGGACAUACACACACACACACACACACACACACACAAACCAUGCCACACUCCCUUAGUUACAGCUGAACUCCUCCAUCUUCCAACCCAGGCAGGCUUAUCCAUCUCCUGCCGCCCUCUCCCCACCCCACCCACUCCUUCAGUCCCUCUCUUUGAGCAAGGUAGCUGGGCUGUUGGGGUGACCGGUGAGCUAAGCCGGCUCCUAGUUCUGAACGGUAGGGAGAGUAUUACAAUCUUUUGGCCUCUCCUUCAGUUCAGCUUUCCCCCAAAGCAUGGUUUGGUACCAGUCUUCUCUUUUCCUUCCAGAGCCUGAGACCAAUGCUUAAGUUUUGGGGGAACAGGCACCCUCCCUCUGGUACUGAUGAUGCUUGCUGGAUUUUGGGAAGGCAUUUUGCUACUAAGCCUCUUUUCAAUGCCUGGGGACAACUAGUCUUUUGUUUUUCAUUGUUUGAUGUUCCCACUGCAUGCUGUGACUUCCCUACACCUCAAAGAAGAGACUCCUUUGCAUGUCUGGAGACAGUAGGGGGUGGUAAACUAAAGGGAAGUUGAGAGUGUAUACUGCUGGGAGUGGGGCAGUGGACAAAACAGCCUGUUAAUAGGGUCUUGCAAGGGGCUCUGUAUGUACCCAGGGGACUGGCUCAAUCCUCACAUUCUAGCCAUAGACAAACACCAGGCCAGACCCCUCCAUUCUGGUUCAGCCUGGGCAGCUUGGGCUGAGCCACCAGGACCAAUGGAUUUAAGCUGACAUUUCAGUCCAAGACGACGACUUCUAAGUGAGUUUAAGACCAGAGAGGAAAGAGGGGCCUCUGUGGGUGCUGGGUACUCCAGAGGUGCCCUUGGUGGGAGGACCAGUGGUCUUAGCAGGAAGGGGGGCCCAGCAAGGUCAUUCUUGGACCCUGGGUCUAGUCCAGUAGCUAGAAAAAGGGACCAAGUGGCCAUAAAGUCCCAGCCAAUGAUGGGGCUUUUCCAGUGGGCCCCUGUAGACCUCAAGCCCCUGGCCUCCACCUUACCAGGUGCCAUUUCUUCUCAGAAGGCCACUGCCCAGGCCCCCAGGCCGCCCCCUUGUGGCCAGAGAACGGUUAAAGCCCCCCAGUGCCUCCUUGUGCAUAGAACUUCCUCUGCCCUAGCCCUUACAGUAGUGUAGAAGAUCCCCCUCCCCCGCUGGUGUAGAAUAGCCAAUAGUAUAGUGUGGUGUGCUUUUACGUGAUGGCGAGUGGGCAGCGGGCGGUGGGCUGUACACAGCCGUCUGUCCUUUGAAUCUCAAUCUGCCUGCGCGGCCCGUGCUGUGUUUUGUGCUGUGUCCACACGCUGCGGCGACCCCUCCCUGUACUGACUUCUCUAUAAAAAGCUUCUCUUCGCAUAGUCACGUAGCUCCUGCCCAUCCCCCUUCCGAUAUCUCUCGCAAGUUUUAUACUCUAAUAUUUAUAUGGCUUUUUUCUUCGAAAAUUAAAAAUAAAAAAAUGGUUUCUUCUGAAA